AUGCAGCCAUUUUUCAUCGCAUCUCCCUCCACAUGGGCCUUGAUUGCCCUGUCUCUACUCUCAACGGUCUUGGGAUCGCCGCUACUUCAGAAGCGGGCAAAGGGACCAUGGCUCGGCCUGAAUACCAACUUCCCUGACCCCAGUUUUAUGAAAGCUGCCGAUAACAAAUGGUAUGCCUUUGGUACUAAUGGCAACGGCAAGCGGGUUCAAGUCGCUACAUCUGAUGACUUCAAUACCUGGACUUUACUUGAUGUCGAGGCUCUUCCUACUUUGUCAACAUGGGAAACCAACAUCGACCACUGGGCUCCAGACGUGGUUAUGCUGGAUAACGGGAAAUAUGUCAUGUAUUACUCCGGUGAAGCCAAAUCUGACCUGCGACAUCACUGCGUCGGCACAGCCGUCUCCGACAGCCCUGCUGGUCCAUAUGUUCCUAACAACACCCCUCUCUCUUGUCGCCUUGACCAAGGUGGAUCAAUCGAUCCAGCCGGAUUCAAAGACAAGGAUGGCAGCCGAUAUGUUGUUUUCAAGGUCGACGGCAACAGCAAAGGCCACGGCGGAGACUGCAAUAACGGCAUCGAGCCACUAGUCGGAACCCCCAUCCUCCUGCAAAAGGUCGGCGCCGAUGGAUUCACUCCCGUUGGCGAUGCGGUUCAAAUCCUCGACCGCAAUACAGCCGAUAACGACGGACCUCUCGUUGAAGCCCCGAAUCUCAUUCUGCAGGGCGAUACGUACUUCCUUUUUUACUCUACUCACUGCUUCACUGAUCCCAAGUAUGAUGUGCGUUACGCGACUGCUUCUAGCAUCACUGGACCAUACAAGAAGAACAAUGUUCCCAUGAUCGAUGCGGGAAACACGGGUCUGCUCUCGCCUGGUGGCGGGACGGUUUGCGGUUGCGGUGAUCGCAUGCUCUUUCACGCAUUCUGCACUGAGGCAAGAACUGAUAGGUGCACCUACGUCGCUGAUGUCAUUAUCAAUGGACAGACGGCGUCAGUUGCGUGA